AAUGAGCAUCGAAUUGCAAUCUUUGUAAUACAAAGAUAACUAAUUAAGCUAUUAGUUGUGAAAAGAAAUUGACCAUGACAUCCAUUCUUCAAGGUCGUUGCUUCAUAUUGAUUGCUUAUGCAAUGUUGUUCACUUUGAUGGGAGAACAAACAGUAGCUGUGGCAAUAUUUAGACCCAGUAAAUGGUCUCUUGCUCAUGCCACCUUUUAUGGAGAUGAAACUGCUUCUGAAACCAUGGGAGGAGCAUGUGGAUAUGGAAACUUGUUUCAGAAUGGUUACGGGACAGAUACGGUGGCUUUAAGCUCGACAUUGUUCAACAAUGGUUAUGCGUGCGGGACAUGUUUCCAGAUUAAAUGCUACCAAUCAAGUGCAUGUUAUAGAAAUGUGGCCUUCACCACUGUCACUGCCACCAAUCUUUGCCCUCCUAAUUGGUCCAAACCCUCUGAUAAUGGUGGAUGGUGUAACCCACCACGAGUUCAUUUUGACAUGGCCAAGCCUGCUUUCAUGAAAAUUGCACAGUGGAAAGCUGGUAUCGUCCCUGUCAUGUACCGCAGGGUGCCAUGCCAAAGAAAGGGAGGGAUUCGAUUUUCUUUCCAAGGAAACGGGUACUGGCUAUUGGUGUAUGUGAUGAACGUCGGAGGUGGAGGAGAUAUGUCGAGCAUGAUGGUGAAAGGAAGCAGAACAGGAUGGAUUAAGAUGAGCCAUAACUGGGGUGCUUCCUACCAAGCAUUUGCAACACUAGGUGGUCAAGCUCUUUCUUUCAGGCUUACUUCAUACACCACUAAGGAGACUAUUAUUGCAUGGAAUGUUGCUCCUUCCAAUUGGAACGUGGGACUCACUUAUUCUAGUAGGGUCAACUUCCACUGAAGAAUUCAUGGCAUGCCACAAACUUUGUGACCGGCCAAUCUGUUUUAUAAUAUACUACCAACUACAACACUUUUGUAUUAGCCUUCUAGGUUUUAUAAGUAAAUAAGUACUGCAUCUGCAUGAAACUUUCACAAGCUCAGUAGGUGCUUAUUGCUAAUGCAAAGAAACUGCCACCUUUUUGUUGGUAUAGCAAACUUUAAAUGUAACGCGUACCCCCUGUAGUCAACUUGAUAUUUCCA